AUGUCUCCGGCAAGAUUAACUUCACAGCCGGGAGGCAAGGGGUCCGAGAAGCAGACUGGGGGAGCAAAGAUGCUGCAGGAGGACGACCUGCACAUCGAGUGCCUGAAGGAGCGGCGGCUCUACGCCGUACCAACCCCGGGAGACGGCAAUUGCCUUUUCUACUCCCUUUCCGACCAGCUCUACGGUCACCAGGGCCGGCAAGGAGAAAUCCGGGAACGGCUGGUCGAGCACAUCCGCACAAACGCGGCAUACUUUGUGCAGUUUGUGCCGGAUGUAGGAGGGGAGAGGAGAGCUCCCAGGCGAGCAGCGGCUGCCCGGUCCAAAUCACAGUCAUACAGUGACCGGGCAGCAACCUCGGAGGGCCAGUGGGCCAAAUUCGAGAAGCUGCUCACGCAGAUGAAGGAGACCGGGUUCUGGGGCGGGUCGGUGGAGAUCCAAGCCUUCUGCCAGGCUUACCAGAGGGAUGUCUACGUCUAUACAAACCAGGGCAUCACUCCCUUCACCAGCCAUGGUAGCCUGGAAGGCAGGGAGAACCAGCCGGUGCACAUUGCCUAUCACAACUUCCAGCACUAUUCAUCAGUGCGGAGCGUUGAUGGGCCACACGACGGGGUUCCUGAGCUCUCGCGGCCCCUGGGAUGCCAGGGCAGCAGCUCAUCCAGCGAGGAGAGACAGGACGAGGCUUCAUCCAGAUCGGCAUCUGCGUCGACGGAUGAUUCGACGGUUGCAACCAGAGAAGGGGAGACAUGCCAGAACCCCACUGCAAUCGCAGAGGCGUUCCCUGACAUCGACGACGACACUCUCAGGUGCGCACUGCGACGGUUUGCAGCCGACCUCGAGGGAGAAUCAAGCGUAGACCUCGACGAGGAGAAGUUCAGGGCCAUCCUGCCUGCCAUUGAAGCAGACUUCAUCCGAACCAUGCAGUCACUCCGGGAUGGCCCCACGUCUGCCUCUACUACGCACGACUGCUGCUCGUCCUCCCAGCCUCCCUCUCUCGUUGCAGGUGGUAGUGGUAGCAGCACGCUGACAACACCAGCCUCUACCCCUGCGUCCGUUUGUGCACCGGUCUCCGAACCCACCGAAGCUGCUACUCGCUCUGCAGCCACUUCCACUUCCACCACCGCAGCUUCAGUCAGUCCCACGAAGCCGCCUCGCCGACGCCUGAUCAGGGGGAUCCGUCCAACCGCGCGGACACUGCUACGGGCUUCAUCAUCCCGAUCAUCUUCACGCAACAGCACAGCCAGCAAACGAUCUGCUGGCCGCAGCGAUGACGAAGAAGAAGAUGGCCCCGAUGAUGAGCUUCCCUUGAUCCGCCGUCGACGAGGCCGGGACCGCAAGCGCCGAAUCCUCCAGGACGUGACUCUCGGUAUCUCUAAAGCAGGUACAAGUACACAUGAUGAAGACUGCAGGAUCAUCUCUGUCAGGCCGAGAGACGUAGCUGAGGAUGAUGGUGGCAGUGGCGGAAAGGUGGACGAGCCCGCCUCGUCUGAAACCGCGGAAGGAGAAGAGGAAGAAGCGCCAUCUUCGAACGAAAGAGCAUCGACCGCUGGCGAAAGCGAUAGCGAGUUCGAAGGUGAUUAA